UGUGCUGAGGCUUUCGCAGUUAAACACUGUCACUAUAUCGAAUAACCGAUUACUACGUCAUAGUAAUUAUGAACGCGACAUCGCUGUACUUCAAGCAGUUAUACUCUGGUUCUCGCGACGUCAACUACGGGAACACUGUCCUGGUGCAGCGCGAUGGCGGUCAGUGUUGGCUCGGGUACGUGCGGGACAUCGACGUCGAGUACUUCUUUGUGGACUUCGAUUCCAGCACAGUCCACGCCGAAUGGAUCCAUUCCAAACAUCUCUGGCCGCACCAUUUCCUUCAACGGCAACUGGCAGGUGAUGGCUCCUCGUGGCCAGUAGCGAUACGCGACAGGGACGGUGGCCCGCUGACUUUCCGGCCGGCAACCAUCAUUGGUCCCCUCUGUGACAUGUUCUGCAUUGUACGCCUGGAGAACGAAAAUCCAGUUAAUGUGGCCAUCGUGCACGAAAGCCAUUUCGCGGCACAGCUACCCACUACCAGUGGUGAACCAUGCUUUUUCGGAAGAACUAAUGGAAUCGUCUAUCAGAAGCAUGUCAUCAGCUUCCGCUUAGCUUACCUGCUCAACAACGUACAGUUCCUGCCCAGGUUCCUGGCCGGUACUUGCCGGCUCGCCCUCAGCCACACUGAACGUCGGUAUACUUUUACAAAUCAAUAUGAAAGAACCGUUGGAACGGAUCAUUUCGCGUUCGUCUGUGAAUGGGCGCACGAGCCGGCAGUUAGGCGCAUUGAGUUUGAUGUCGGUUGCCGCGCCUUUGUGCGAGCAGGAGUCGAUACGGUAACCUUUAUCUGCGCCGAGGUACAUGGUACAAGUACCAAACGGACAGACGUUGUCGUUAAAGAUCUGCGCGUUCACACUUCCCUCCGCGAUGUGGACGAGUUGACCAUUAGUGGACGAGUUGACCACCUUGACCACCAUGUGGACGAGUUGACCACCUUUCACAUCCGGUCUUGGCGGGCGUUACAUUUGCUUUGCCUGUGGACACCCAGUCACAAGUUGGCCGGGUGUGCGCUCUUUGGAGACUCCUGCUGCAAAAAUACGUGGACGACCGACAUAUUAUUUUCGACAUCUAUCCCGUACGAGAACAAGUGAACUGGCAGGAUCCAUUCUCCGUCGUUCGCGAGCACCUUCUAUACAAGUUCGUAACGAUGCUUGACCGCGCCAUAACCCGGCAGACAAAAACGGUGGCAGUCAUUAACAGCGAACAACGUCAAGAAACUAUAAAAGAUUUCGCGGCCAAAUUGUGGACGGUCCAUCGGUUGCUGGAGGCCAAAACCAUUCGCCUGCCAAAUAUUAUCAUCAAAAACGCUCUCGACCUGAAAUUCCCGCACUGCCCGUUGUUGAAUCUUGGUCGGAAUAAGCAAACAGGCGCAUAUGAGUGUCGCACGCUGCCAGCCUUGAUGGCAGUGUGUGAACAGCUUGUGCUGCUCAAAUUCACCGCGUUCUAUGUCAACGAUCCUGCGUUACUGAAUAUCCUGUACAACGAUGGUAAUCGGCAUGAGUGUCGCCCUGAGUUGGAAUUUCGACGGCGUCCGGGCGCUGUAUCCUUGAAUGUGGUCAUUCCGUAUUUGCGAUUUCAUUCCACGGAAACAGCCGUCGAGCACAGGGAACGCUUCCUAGCCGCGGUAAACGACAACUUGUCCGGCGGUUAAUCCGCGAAUGCGGGACCAAGCCAACGCUUUGCAAGCGCGCUGGCUACGAACGCGGACCAUCUCAGUUAAUGCAGCGAUUCGGUACUGUCGGAGCCCAUGCAAGCACACAGAGACGGGAUGGUAUCGCCAAGCUCAGCGGAUUGGCUGUGCACAUCCUCGCCGCAUACUAUUCAGACUGAGAAUGAUACUGCCC